AUGAAGGGCCUCAGCUUGAUUGCUUUGGCAUCCGCCGUCAUGGCCGCAGUCGGAGCAACCAAGACCACCCUCAGCUCGGUUGAAUCUACCACCUCCGCCUGCUCACUCGUCACUUCCACUGCGUAUGGAAUCAACACGAAGCUUGAAAACCCAACCAAGUGGCUCGCGUCAAUCAACCGCAAGUAUUAUCGAGGCCAGCACUCUUGGUCAGACUCGAUUCCCAUCUUCACGGCUACUAUUGAACACGCCGGAUCAAUGGUGCCUGCCAUCGGAUAUGUCGCCUCGGGAAUCUUGGAGAUCGAGGGAUACAAGGUCACCACCUCCGUCGUCACGGCGACAGCUUGUGGCACCACCCAGCCUUCCGCAGACCCGGACAGCAUCUGUCACCUGUCCAACAACGACGGGAACUGCGAGGGAGACGGAGUUAAUCCGGGAAGAUACGAGUGUGUCGCCCACAAUGAUCACUGGCACUGUCCCGUGGGCAUUGAUCCACCAUCCGAUCAUCCUGGUCGACCAGGUCGCUUCACUUCCCAGAACGACGGGAACACGUCCUGCUUCGCCACGGUGACCGCAAGCGUCUUGCUUGGUAUCACCGUAGUGGCCGUGAUGUGUAUGUAA